AUGGGUUUAAUUCUAGCAUCCAUGCUGGAGCGCACCACAGCACUCCAGUUUGAGGUGAUUCAAUGCCCUCUUCCGGCCUCUGGAAGCACUGCACUCAAGUGGUGCACAGAAACAUUUGCAGGAAAAGGGGGAAAAGACAAUGGUGACUUAGGAGACUGCUCUGGUGGAGGAGAGCCUCUGGAUGGCGCAAUAAUUCAGGCUUUGGGAAGUGCCCAUGUGGUAGCAGAACAGUUCCCGAGAAACCCCCAGCCACUAUACAAGUAUUCACAUGCAGAAGGUACAACCCGGCAGAACCCUAGGGCUGCAAUCCAUCCCAGCGCCUCCCUUGAAGGUAUCCCGGGGACUUUGGCGGUCCAUCAGGUCCUGCCGGUGAGCGGGCUCUGCACCCUUGUGAGGCCUUGGCCCGCUGCUUCCCUAGGUCUCUGGGCGGAGGCUCGGGAAGUGCGGUUUCCAGGUCUCAGAGGAGAACCUCCGCCCUCCUACCAGGCUGUGCCAGGCUUCUGCCCUCAUCGCUUUCAGGGUAGGCUGGGGCAGCCCCUAGGAGUCAUCAGGGCCAGCGUAGUGUACCCUCUCACGUUGCCGUUCCGCACCUGCCCUGCGCCCGGGGUCGGCGGGAGCAGCCGCUGCCCGUGCACAUGCGCAGUAGCGCCGCCGGGAACCCUGCCUCCUCCUCCGCCUCCGCCUCUGCCGCCGCCGCCGCCGCCGCCGCCUCCCGGUUCCGCAGUCACUUCCUGCAGCUGUUUCCCCGUGGCUGCGCUCCGACCGACUUUUGACAAUCAGCCUCUAGCAGCGGAGCGACCGGUCGGCGGCGGCGAGCGCAGAAAGUGGUCUUGGAGCGGGCGGCUGCGCGCGGGGUGGCGGGGCGGCUGCGGCCUGCCGGUUCCGGUGAGUGCGGUCCUCGAGUCCGCUCGGCUGCGUCCGUGUGCGCGUGUCAGCCUUGCCCGUGGCGUCCGGCGGGCCACCGAUCCCGAUCCCGCAGCCAUUCGCAUAGCCGCCUCGGCGACUCGGUGCUCCCCGCUGGCAUCCGCGCGGGACCGGAGUGCGUGUGAGCGUGCCCAGCCCUGGAAUGGCACACGCGGGGGCGAUGCUGCAGGGGCGCAGCUUUGAGUCCUAGAUGCUGAUCCUGGGUCGCUACGGCCUCCUCCCCUUCUCAGCUUCCUUCUGUGAUGUUAAACAGCCUGCCAGGGCUGUUUUUCUGCCUGUCACGUUUUGGUGACCUCAGAGUAAGGUUUUCUCUUGUAUUCUCUUCUCCGGAGCACCCAGGGGUAGCUUUCCCUACUUUACCUGGACGCCAGGAACCCGUUCCUGGAUUUUCUUCUUUGCCCUGGUUCUGUUUCUGCUAAGGGGAGGCUGUUGUUUGCUGUAUAGCCGGUGAGGAGUAGGCCCCAGCCCAGCCAUAGAAACGUGUGCUGUGGUCAUUCAUUUCCCUUAGACCGGUACAUGGUGGAGCUGUGAUUUUCUUUAGUGUCUCUGAGCUCCCUUCCAAAUUAGGACAUCAAGCUCUGUGCAUCCUUCGUGUAUGCCAUCGCACACGUCCAAUCGGAAGGAUUUUAAGAUCUGAGAAGUAUUUUUAUAUCAGCUUCUAAAUUAGUCUCUUAAACUAAUGCUGCAGUUUGGACGGAUCCAAGUGUGCUUUCGAGUCUCUGUAUUUCAGUUUGUGUACUAUUCACUCAGCCUUUGGUUUUAUUUAUUUUAGAGUUAUUAUUUUUUUACCCAAAUAUAUUACCUGUUGUGAUUGUCACCUAUAGACUUUUUGGGAAGGGGUUAGCCUUAUGUUGAUUGCUAAAUAUAACAAUGUUUUUGAGGUCUCUAUUCUUUCUUUGAACAUUAUGAAAAUAAGAUGGAAUAAUAGGUAAACCUGCACUGUAAACACUCCCCCCCCCCCCCCCCACAGUGUUUUGCUCUGGAAUAAGGCCUUUUUGUGCCUCUGCUGGGCGGAGGGCCUUGCUUCUGCUGGACUUACAGCAUGCUACUGGGGGCAACGCAAGCUGGGGUUUCAUCAGGUGGGAGUAAGCAUGUAAGAAACAAGCCCAGGCAUGUCUUGGGAGCAGGCUGAUUCGGUUCUCUAUGUAUAUUGCUGAUUUUCUAUAUCUGGGUGUUUUGAUAUCCUGCUCUGUCCUUUCUCUAUGAUCUAACAGAGAAUUUGGAUGACAUGUUCCGUUAUAACUAAGUAGUUAAACUAUUUAAGAAGAUGGUUUCAUUAUCCUGCCUCCAAUUGCCAUAAUCAUCUUUGCUCUUUGAAUGUCUCAGUUGGGAGAAAUAUUGUUUUAGAGAAACUUACUGUUUAAAUGUAUCAAAUCUGUAUCACUUUUCUUUGUGUUUCCAGAGAUAUAGGUAGUUGAUUAUUAUCCUUUUCUAUCUAUUAUGAUAAUGAAAGUAUUGUUUAUAUUACAACUAACCAUCCUUAACUGAAUGACUUCCCAGUCAGUGGCUACUCUCCACUGUGUGUCUACCAAUGUGCUAAGUAGUCAUUUACUUUUUCAAGCAUCCUUGAGUCAUUUUAGUAAGUCUGUUAGUGUCCUAGCCUACACAUCUUCAUCACAGACAGGAACCUCAGCUGCUGAAGACACUGCAUUCUAUUGACCAA